AAUUAUAUUUAAAGUGUAACUAAACCAUGGACUCUGCAUUCACUAUAUCUGGUCUCCCACAGUGCACAGAACAUGGAAAUGCAACUAUUUUACAGUUAGAACAGUCUUGUGACCUCUGGUUGGACAGCACUGAUUGGUCCUGUGCUGAUCACAUGCACUCUCCCAGGAAAAGCAAAACCUCUCUAGCAAUACACACCAAACUGAGCAGGUGCAGAGUGUCUCCACAUGCUAUGUCUUAUCAGGCGAUAAGAGGGGGAUACUGGAAGAAGGGGAGUAUCAGAGAAGUCAGGAUCAACCAGCCUUUUUACAUAACGCAGAGGAUUAACCCCUUAGGUUCCACAUUGAGUUUAACAAGCAUGCUUUACUGCAUAUACAGUCUGAUUUUACUGUUGUGGGUUUAG